GCCAAAGCCAUCAGGAAUCUGCUUCCUGUGCUUCUGCUUCAGGCUUGACAAGGCCCUCUGGGGGGGGAUCUUCGGGUCUGUCCAUGUUGGCCCAGCGCACCCGCCUCGCCAAGACGGACCCCUUGGAGAAGGUCAGGUUGGCCGCCAGCACCCACACGCUGUACUACGCCCCCGACUUCCCCGAUGUGGGUGACAUGACGAAGGUGACCACCGAAGAGGUGCCAGCAUGGACCCUGGAGAACGACCGCGGGGUGCGCGCGAAGGUCAUGCGGAAGGGCGGGAACCUGGUGGAGCUCUCCAAAGAUGGACAUCCGUAUGUCUGGGACAACACCAAGGGUGCAAUCUACUACGGUGUGAACAGCAGCACCUUCCCUCUCACCCGCGGACUAUACAUCAAUGGCGGUGUCCGCUUCGCUGCAGUGACUCCUGAGCAUGGCCUAUACUACGACACGCUCUGGGACAUUGCCUUUGAGCAGAACGAGGAGGAGCAGUCGCGAUCCAUCAUUCUCAGCAUCACAGAUUCUGCCGAGCAGCGGCGGCUGCUGAAUGACACCUUGUCUGAGGGGCGCUACGCAGGACCUGAUGGAGUCCCGAUGAGUGCUUACCCCGUCACCAACCUCGUCUUCCGGUUCUGGAUCACUCUGCGGGCAGGGGAGGACUACGUGCGGCUACGGGGUGAAGUUAUCAACCCGACGGCUGCAGAUGCCAAGGGUGCAGCGUGGAUGCCCAUGACAUUCCCCAUUGAUGAGGACUCGCAGAUCAUUACGCCGCAGGUGUACCGUUUUAAGAGCGACGACUGGUGCUACCGAGACUUGCCCAAGGUUUUCCGCUGGGACAGUCAACCGGAGCUCGCUCGGCCGGCAAAAUGGAAGGAGAUGUGCAUCUUCUACGACUACCCUCAGCUUCUGGGGGGCUACCACGCCGUGCAGAUACCGCCCACAAGACAAGGCCGGGGAACGGCGUACGUGCCUCUCAACUCUAGCACUGGCCUGCACUUCACCAAAAUGUGGUCCUGGGGAAAGAACCAGGCCCCAAUUUGGAAGGACUACUAUGAGCCUUGGGAGUCGGCAUUCAACAGUGCCUAA